CCACACGUCGAACAGCUGUGUUUGUUGUUAUCAGCUCGGUUUCUAAUUGCGUGUACUUUCGUCGCCGUAAUUGUUUUCUGCAAAAUGAUCGAGUGAUCCGCGAGGUAUCCACGGAUUCCGAAUUUUCUGUCUGUCUCAACACACCUGGGACGCGUGACGUGGUCGCAUUUUCGGAGAACGAGGCACCGUGCCUGCUAAUUAAAUUAGUGCAGUGGGGAGGCGCCACUUCAAGGUCGACCAUGUCGGGGGUAGCCAUAGCCAUAAAUGCGGCCAUUUCGGUCGCCGCCUACUGUAUGACGGUGCGGAUGAUUCCCCGCUUCCGGGAGAUGUUCAUCAAGGCCAAUCUCUUUGGCAACGAUCUGUGCAAGAAGGACAAGCCACAGGUUCCCGAAUCCUUUGGCGUGCUUAUUGGCUGUGUGUUCCUGGUCUCCCUGUUUCUGUUCAUACCCAUUCCCUUCGCCUUCGAUGAGGCGGCUGCCACGGAUGCGGUUACUGGUGGGAAACCCGAUACCUUUCCACACGAUAAGUUCGUGGAAUUGAUUGCCGCACUUCUGUCGAUUUGCUGCAUGAUCUUCCUGGGCUUUGCCGACGACGUAUUGGAUCUGCGCUGGCGCCACAAGCUGCUCCUUCCGACCAUCGCCACGUUGCCCCUGCUGAUGGUGUACUAUGUGAACUAUAACUCUACCACGGUCAUCAUGCCAAACUUUGCGAGAAAUCUGUUUGGAACCUCUUUGAACAUAGGUAUCCUAUACUACGUGUUUAUGGGCAUGUUAGCGGUAUUCUGUACCAAUGCCAUCAACAUCCUGGCUGGGAUUAACGGCUUGGAAGUGGGACAAUCAAUAAUAAUUUCGAGCUCCAUUUUGCUGUUCAAUGCCAUUGAAUUGUUUCUGGGUCAUCAGGUGGAUUCGCAUAUAUUCUCCAUUUAUUUCAUGCUGCCAUUCCUGGCUACCACUUUAGCGCUUUGGAAAUUCAACAAAUAUCCAUCGCAGGUUUUUGUUGGAGACACAUACUGCUACUUUGCGGGCAUGACUUUCGCCGUGGUCGGCAUCCUGGGACAUUUCAGCAAGACCCUGCUCCUUUUCUUUCUGCCCCAGAUCCUGAACUUCCUGUACUCCACGCCGCAGCUGUUCCACUUCGUGCCCUGUCCCCGCCACCGACUGCCCAAAUACGACAGCAAGACGGACCUGCUGCACAUCAGCACUACGGAGUUCCGCUUGGAGGAACUGAACACUCCGGGGCGUCUGAUGGUCACAGUAUUGCAAAAACUGCGACUGAUUAGCUGGCAUACCAAAGCUGACGGAGUCGUCAGGACCAACAACUUUACCCUCAUUAACUUUGUGCUGGUCAUCUUUGGACCAGUCCACGAGCGAGUGGUUACGCAGAUGCUGAUGGGAUGCCAGGUGCUGUGCACACUGAUUGCUCUGACCAUUCGUUACCCCCUGGCCAACUUCUUCUACGCAAAAACGUAACCCUUAAUUAGAUUCUCCUUUAAUUCUGAAAUCGAUUGUAGUAAGCCAUUGCUAAGUUAACUUUACAAACAGAAUACAUUUAUUUAAUGCCUACACAAAAUAUUUCCCAAAGUAAGUCAUAUUUUCUCGGCAAUAAAAAACCAAGCGUAUUAAAUCAAAA